AUGAUGCUUUCGCUUCGUCAAUCGCCGUCCCUUCCUCUCCAACCCACAUUUCGCUCUCCCAAGAUAACCUGCUCCGCCGUCCUCGGCGGCGGAAACGGCCGGAGAAGAGGAAAGAGAAGGCGAAGGAAAGCGAUCGAAUCCGCAGGGAUAUCGGCACUGAGGCAGGCCCUCUCCUUCGCGGCCUCGUUCCGGCGGCUCUGGCCGCCAGCGGCGCCGCUGGAUAUGCUCCUCCUCUUCCAGAACGGCGGCGGCGGCGGCGGCGGACGGCGAGGGUUUUGGAGCGGCGGCGGAGGGUGGCCUGAGAAGCGGAUGCCGGGGAAGGAAGGGGGACUGGUGGGACUCCUCGUCUACCUGGCGGUCACGGCGGCGGCGUCGGUGCUGGGGAGGGAGAAGGAUUCGGGGAUUGCGGUUUUGGUGCCGGCGCUUCUGGGGUUGAAAAGGAGGAGGAUUUGGAGGAGAGAGGUCGGGGUUUUGAUAUUUGGGUUUGCCUUCUGCCUUCUGUGUUGGGAGAUCGUUGGGCGGAGAAGAAAAAAUGGUUGGAGAUGGAUCCCUUCCUUCGCUUGGCGAUUUUGA